CGCAAAACAACGACCACGACGACGACGACGGCUACGAAUUGUGAUGAUGCUGAUGGCGAUGAUGACUUUCCGGCUCAAUUCGAAAAUUGAACUUAUUUAGUAUCAGUUGAACUUCGGAGAACAUCGCAAUCGGUCAGAGCGGUCGUUCCUGGGCAAGAAGAUGGUACAGUGAUGAAAAUGUUAUCGGUAGGAUUAUCGCAGCGCUCGUUUAAUGAACGCGAUUUACUGAGCUACUGAAGGAGCCGUCCGGAUAGUGAUAAUAAGUUCGUUAAGCUUCGCCGAUGACAGCAUACUUUCGAUCCGGAGUGAAGUGUGAAAAUUUUGCAAUAUUUAGUUCAUCUAAAAGCGGCGAAGAAGUGUAACAUCAAUUUGCACCUCAAUAAGUGUCCGGUUGAAAAAGAGUGAUCAUUAAGUGUCACCAAUCGAGUUUUCAACCUAAUGCUGAUAAGAAGAACAAGUUUAAAAUAUAGUGAUAUCAGGGAGAAUUUUUUACACGGAAUUCAUUAAAUUGGCAAGCUGUUAUCUCCUGGAAAUCGUGCCUGUUUUCAUAGAACAACCAAGGUGUCGAAGUAAAAAUAGCUUUCCACCCACCUUCAUCAUCACCACCACCACAAGCAACCUCAGGCAGCAAUGAUUCAGCCAAAAUUCAACGGAGACCGCGUUCUGCUAGCACUAGGUGCCCUCAUAACGUUAACGCUCAGCUUCGCCAAUGGUUUCGCGACACUCGCAACCGAGCUGGACAGACCGAUGCGAUGUCAAUUGGAACGGACCUACAGAAUGGUGGGUUAUAACUGCGCCAAUCUCAAUCUGAAGGAGAUUCCACAGACAUUGAAGAGCAAUUUACAGAUAUUAGAUCUCAGCUUCAAUCGAAUUCGCGACUUAAAUAAACAAUCGUUCGCGCGUUACACCGACGUGAAGUAUUUGUAUCUGUUCGAGAACAUGAUUCAAAACAUCGAGGAAGACACGUUCACCGAAUUGACUGGUUUGGAGGCCCUCGAUUUAUCGAGUAACGCUUUGAAAUCCGUCCCAGUUGAGAUUUUCCGAUUACCUCUACUCCGGAACUUAUACGUAUCGAAUAACGCUCUGCACGACCUGGAAGAAGACCUGAUGCUGUUGGAUAAACCGAUUAGAGCACCAAUUCAAAUCCUUAACAUGGCCGACUGUUGGCUAACUAAACUGCCAAACUUUGGCAUUCUGCCGGACCUCUGGCAGCUUAACAUUUCAUCCAACCCGAUGACAGAGUUAACCGUCGAACAAUUUUCACCCAUGUGUAAUCUCCGGUCGCUGGACUUGAACAACACCCAGAUUCCGAUCUGUGCCUGUCAAACCAUGACGACAGAGUUGACAGCAAGGCGCACAAAAAUUCUAAACAAUCACCCUCACUGCACACCGCUUUUCGCUUCAGAACAAAGCAUUUGUGCUCAGGACGUAUCUCCCGCUCCGCCCAAUACGGAUUUUCAACAGUGCAUGGAUGUCCGUAAUUCUCGAAUACUGGAUACCAAAGCAAAAACGGCGUGGUUCAAGAUUUCCCUUGGAGUACUAACCUGUAUUGUGGUGUUUUCACUCAUUCUUUGCUAUUUCCACAAACGGAACGUCAAAAGUAUGAAGGAUAACAACAACAAGCCGGGAAAAAUUUCGGUCCCCAUUCAUAGGGUGAUGGUGCCGUCUGGCGAUGAACUGCCGAUCGUUGAAAACGGAAACCGUGAUAAACUCAUACACAAUUGUGAUUAGCAUAUUUCAGGCUGCUGCCCAUCUUAGAGAGUAUUUUCGUUUAAUUUCAGUAAACCAAAACAAGACUAACGAUUAGUGUUAAGUGAGUGUGUUGAAUGUGGUGCUGCAAACGCAAUGAUAGCUAAUAAUGUGGUGUGUCAAAAUGAACAAUCAAAAACCUUCUUGCUUUACGAAUUAUGAAAUAAAUUUAUUUUGUUGAAGCCUCUUGUGUACAUAAAAAUAAACUUUUAGUGUAAGAACUAACAAUUAGAGAGAGAGAGAAAGAGCUAUCACCAGUUGCCAAUUACCUAAAUAAAAUUAUACACUAAUUACUAUUCAGUUUGUAUUUAUUCAUUAAAUAAAACACGUUAUAAAAAUAGCAACACCAUAAUCAGUUCACAGUUCAUGUUGAGCAUAUUGAAUGACUAUGUUGCAAUAUGUAUAGUACAGUGAAGAAAACAUAAUGCCAGAAAAAAAGAGAUUUCAUUGCGGAAUUUUUAUAAUACUUUAAGGAUGCAUGACCUUAAUAAGAAUAAUAUCAGAAUCCUAUGUUAACGAGAGUUGUAAUUUGUAACUCAAGGUAAUAGUGAUCAACAAAAUAUACCGAUUUAGGAAAAAUCAUGUAAGUUUACAUCUUCUGAGCUUAAUAUCAAACAUAACAUAGUAAGGGUGAUAACAUAUUUUUCCAAUUGAUUUUAAACAUGGUUCAUGCAUUCUAAAAUAUUUUACAGUGCUGACAAAUGUAAUGUUGCGUCCUUGUCUCAUAUUUCGAGUAAGUUUGUCACGGAUUCAACACGUUGAUAUUCAAUACAUAUACGAUAAGUGAGGGUAAUUAUUUAAAAAAUGAUACGAAACAGGUUUAGUUUUCUGUGAAUCAACUUCACUUUUUCACACAAUUAACCUUCUAGUUACAAGCGUUUUCCGCACCGUUUCACCAUGGUUCUUAAAGUCUCUACAUAGAACUUCACCGCUAGAAAGCUGAACUAGAGUGCCUGUACUAUCAGAGUGACGACUGCUGUUCGUUUGGAAUGGCAGCUUUGUUCCAAGCGACUUGUCAAAACUAUGUAAAGCUUGCGAAGCUGCCAACGUUUCGAAUUAAAUAACUAAAUAUUUUGAGUUGUUGCCAACAUUACGGUUAAAAUGUUGUCACUCUGAUAUUACAGGCACUCUAAGUUGAACUAGUUUUAAACGACGUGUAGUCAAAAAAAAUAGCCAGGGCUUUAAUCAUCAACCAAUAAUCGGAUCACAGUUUUCUUAGAGGGAAUAACUAGUAUCGUUGGCAUUGUUUACUGUACACACAGAUAGGCAAAUGACUGCUAAAUUAGAACAACACCUGCAAUUGCUGUACGAGUAGGGCAAGUACCGAUAUGCACAAGUUUGAGCGAAUUACGACUUACGGCCUUAACCUUUCGAAAAUACCUCGUAAUUUGUUUCACAGAACCGACCAAAAUUUAUUUUCCGUUCGAAGCGAAACGGUCGAGUGAACACUAGAUUGUUGCAUCAUUCUGUACAAUUUCUAAUUCCCAUUACGAAUUCACAUUCGACAAUUGUGUCAAAGUACGAUCAGAAACCAAAAGGGAUCCAAUUCAUUAUUCAAACUAGGUUCUUAAGAAGAUGCAACUAUUUCCCAAGUAUCCAACAAGUCUUUUAUACGUGCUCAUGCAUAAUAAGAGCAGAUAUGUGAAUACAGAACUUAUAUAAAGUUAGAUGGUUAUCGUGGUUUUUAGAAUGAUGAUGUUUAUAUAUUAUGAAUAGAAUGAUAUUAGGUGCCAUCAUGCUGGAUGUUAAAAAGUUUAGUGUUAGAAUCGAAAUAUAUGAAUAUAGAGGAAAAAAAAAUUACAUCAAUGACGCAAAGUUGAGAGUACUAUCACAAACGAAUAAAUUCAUAGGCAAAAGUUAACCGGCCGUAUUGUACACAAAAUAAUUUCCAGCACUUUGUACACACAUGUGUGUUUCCGGACACGAGAGUUUGACACCUACUUUCAAGUAUGUAUACUAAGACAGUUGUGAAUAACUAUAGAGAAUCAAAUACCAAAAAUAUACGCCAUAUUUUAAAAAUA